GCGUGGAGCGCGGGCCCCGCCAGCCCCGGCCCCGCCCCCCUGCCGCAGCCCCCUUCGCCCUGCGCCCCUCUCGGGUCACACCCCGCUCCACGGCUGGCCCGGCUGGCAGACCCCGGCGCCCCCUGUCCCACCCCCCGCCUGUGGCCUCACCUCUGACCCCUAGCCCCUGCCUUCUUGUCCUCACUCAAGUGUGGGUACGUCCCUACCCUGCCCAGGGCAAGCUCUAUCGUUGUUGGGGUCCUCCAGAGUUGCGGGUCGAGAAGCCACGCCCCCACCCCCCAGUGGGACCCUGCCAGCCCACUUUUUGUCGGGGUGCUUGGAAAACACCCGAUGCUCACCCACAACUACCAGGCUCUCAGGGCCACAGUGGGGCAGGAGGAUGCUUUCCCCGCCCCACCAUGGAGCUACGCUGUGGGGGAUUGCUGUUCAGUUCUCGCUUUGAUUCAGGGAACCUAGCCCACGUGGAGAAGGUGGAAUCUGUGUGUAGUGAUGGGGAAGGAGUAGGGGGUGGGGCAGCAGCCCCCACCAGCAGUAUUGCCUCUUUCCCUGACUACGAGUUCAAUGUGUGGACCCGACCGGACUGUGCUGAAACGGAAUUUGAGAAUGGGAACAGGUCAUGGUUCUACUUCAGUGUCCGGGGAGGAACUCCAGGGAAACUCAUCAAGAUCAACAUAAUGAACAUGAACAAGCAGAGCAAGCUGUAUUCCCAGGGCAUGGCCCCCUUUGUGCGCACACUGCCCACCCGGCCACGCUGGGAACGCAUUCGAGACCGGCCCACCUUUGAGAUGACAGAGACACAGUUUGUGUUAUCCUUUGUUCACCGUUUCGCAGAGGGCCGUGGGGCUACCACCUUCUUUGCCUUCUGCUACCCCUUCUCCUACAGUGACUGCCAGGAUUUGCUAAACCAGCUGGACCAGCGCUUUCUGGAGAAUCACCCUACCUGUAGCAGCCCCCUGGAUACCAUCUAUUACCACCGGGAGCUCCUCUGCUAUUCUCUGGAUGGACUUCGUGUCGAUCUGCUAACAGUUAGCUCCUGCCAUGGGCUUCGAGAAGAUCGAGAGCCCCGUCUAGAGCAGCUGUUUCCUGACACCAGCACCCCCCGACCAUUCCAUUUCAUAGGCAAGAGGAUAUUCUUCUUAAGCAGUAGGGUACACCCUGGGGAGACUCCAUCUAGCUUUGUCUUCAAUGGCUUUCUGGAUUUCAUCCUUCGACCCGAUGACCCCCGGGCCCAAACCUUACGUCGCCUCUUUGUCUUUAAGCUGAUUCCCAUGUUGAACCCCGAUGGUGUGGUCCGGGGCCACUACCGCACAGACUCACGUGGAGUGAAUCUGAACCGCCAAUACCUGAAGCCUGAUGCAGUCCUGCACCCGGCCAUCUAUGGGGCCAAAGCUGUGCUGCUCUACCACCACGUGCACUCCCGUCUGAACUCUCAGAGUCCCUCUGAGCACCAGUCCAGUCCCCAUCUUCCUCCUGGUGCUCCCCUUUCUGACCUUGAGAAAGCCAACAAUCUCCAGAAUGAAGAUCACCUUGGGCACUCAUCUGAUGGGGAUAACACAGAGGCCUGGACACAGACCGAACCAGCAGAAAAGAAGUCCAAUGGUGUUUGGAUUGUGCCACAACAAUCUACUGAGAUCGAGGUGCCAGCCCCUGAGACCAUCCCCCCCAAGGAGAGUGGUGUUGCUUACUAUGUGGACCUGCAUGGACAUGCUUCCAAAAGGGGCUGCUUCAUGUAUGGAAACAGCUUUAGUGAUGAGAGUACCCAGGUGGAAAACAUGCUGUAUCCAAAGCUCAUUUCUUUGAAUUCAGCCCACUUCGACUUCCAGGGCUGCAAUUUCUCAGAGAAGAACAUGUAUGCCCGAGACCGUAGAGAUGGCCAGUCUAAGGAGGGAAGCGGCCGUGUUGCAAUCUACAAAGCCUCAGGGAUAAUCCACAGCUACACACUCGAAUGCAACUACAACACUGGACGCUCAGUAAACAGCAUCCCUGCUGCCUGCCACGACAAUGGGCGUGCCAGCCCCCCUCCCCCGCCAGCCUUCCCCUCCAGAUACACUGUGGAACUGUUUGAGCAGGUGGGACGAGCUAUGGCCAUUGCAGCUCUGGACAUGGCAGAAUGUAAUCCGUGGCCCCGAAUUGUGCUGUCAGAGCACAACAGCCUCACUAACCUCCGGGCCUGGAUGCUAAAACACGUGCGCAAUAGCCGAGGCCUGAGCAGCUCUGUGAACGUGGGUGCCAACAAGAAGAAGGGCUCUCGAACGCCACCCAAAAGUAACAAUGGAUUGCCUGUUUCCUGCUCUGAAAACACCUUGAGCCGGGCACGAAGUUUUAGCACUGGCACAAGUGCUGGUGGUAGCAGCAGCAGCCAACAAAACUCGCCACAGAUGAAGAACUCCCCCAGCUUUCCUUUUCAUGGCAGUCGGCCUACAGGGCUGCCAAGCCUAGGCUCUAGUACCCAAAAGGUCAGCCACCAGGUGCUGGGCCCUGUCAGAGAGCCCAGAAGCCAGGACAGGAGACGGCGGCAGCAGCCACUGACCUAUCGCCCUACUGCAAGCAGCCUGGUCCCUUCCCCAACUCCCGCUAGUACUGGCCCAGCCUCCCCAUGCAACCUGGGCUCCUGCCUCCUGCCCAACUCGCUCAGCAUAUCAGGAAAUAGCUGCUCACUCCUGUCCUCAGGGGACAAGCCAGAGACUGUCAUGGUGAUUGGGAAAAGUCUGCUAGGGACGGAACCUCGGACCCCCUGCAUCAGGACCCGAUUGCAGACCUGCCUGAGGAGAGUUUCCGCCAGGAGGGGUCCCGGAUUCCCCAGCUACAGACAGUGCCCAGGAACUCAAGGUUCCAGUAGCUGUGUUGACCCCUACACAACACUUAUGCAUGGAAACUCUAGAAGCAAACCUAGAAGCAAAAGAGCUCAUGGAAGAAUCCAGCCCUUUAGCCUACCCCUGUCCACACAGGCUAGGCCCAGGUUGGGCCAGGGCUCACCGCCGACUCGCAGAGGGAUGAGAGGCUCUUCGGGCCCCACAUCCCCUAUUCCCCGGACCAGGGAGAGCAGCAGUGAGCUGGAGCCAGGACCCCGCUCUGCUGCACCAGGGUUGCCUCAGGCCGGGCCCCCGCGGCCCCGCUCUGCCCCUGCAUUUUCUCCUAUUUCCUGUAGUCUGUCCGACUCCCAGUCCUGGAUUUGUUACAGUGGGGGGCCCUUGGGCCAACCUGAGGUUUGUUUUGUCCCUAAAUCCCCCCAACUCACUAUUUCUCCCCGGGUCUGAUUUGACCUUCACACCCAGGAUAUAGUCCCGAGAUGGGGAGACACAGAGAGAAAUAUGCUAGUCCCCUCUUUUGCUGCUGAUUCCACGUGACAACCAUGACUCUUUGGAAUGCCAGCCACACUGUCUGAGGCACCACAGAGCAUCAACUUGAGACAGACCAAAGUGGGCGCCUGCUACCCCUUUCCACCCUCCUCAGCACAAGAUUUUGGGACCACAAAAAUAUAUAUCUAUAUUUUUAUAUUGGGGGGAGAAGACAAGAAAGCAGCCCUUAUAAAGGCCCCUAUUCAGUGGCAGCUUCUUGAUCCAUAGGGUUAAGGAAGGCUUUGAGGAAAUAAAAGUUGUUUGGA